AAGGACACAUAGUGUAUACAUGUAUUCACCUUUCACGCCGCGCUAUUAAAAUGAACUAGUGUAUUGACUUUCUGAACUGUCAUGCAGUCGGUAUUUUUGGUUCAUUCCCCUCUGGCGUGUACUUAACAAGGCACACUCCACAACAUAGGAAACGUUUACAACCAACUACCAACACGUGAACUUCUGACCACUUUGACCUCAACAGUUGCUAGCUAACUAAGCUAAGUUAGCAAUAUAGAAGGCUGAGUCAAAGAAGGUGGGAAGAUAGUUCAUUAACGUUUGAGCCAGCUAGACGGCAGGCAAGACUGACGUGUGAUCAUCAUCUCCAGGAAACUAGCUAGCUAAAAAUAUUUUCAAAUAUCAGUGACCUUGUGUGAACCCGUUGCUAUGUCUGCUGCCGUCGUCAUGGACCCCCCCGGAGGAGGCCUCCUGCAGUCCUGUGGCGCUGGGGACUUCUCCGCCUCCCUGGAGGACGUCACCCCGUCGGAGUCCGCCGCCAAUAGCGAGUCAUCAGAAGAGGAGGUGUCCUGCGAGAGGGAGGAGGAAGUGAGUGCAGUUUCAGCCGCCCCCGCCCCCCUCCCCAGCGAGACCCCCGCCAGCGCAGGAGAAGUGCGGCUGCAGUCAGGCUCUGUUCCGCGACCUGCUUCGCUGUCCCUGCCCUCCUCGGACGACCUGAAGCUGUGGACCGCCCGGGGCGACGGGGAGGUGAAGCUGCGCCUGUCUGAAACGGGCCCCGCCUCCGAGCCGCCCAUCACCGUGCACCAGAUGUUGACCUCCUCUGUGGAGCGCUUCGGGAAGUACAGCGCGCUGGGCUGGAAGGAGGGCGACCAGUGGAAGACCAUCAACUACGAGGAGUACUACCAGCAGUGCAGGAGGGCAGCCAAGGGCUUCCUCAAGUUGGGUCUGGAGCGGUAUCACGGCGUGGGAAUCCUGGGCUUCAACUCCGCCGAGUGGUUCAUCGCUGACGUCGCCGCCAUCCUCGCAGGCGGGUUCGCGGUGGGCAUCUACACCACCAACUCCCCCGAGGCCUGCCAGUACGUGGCAGAGAACUGCCAGGCCAACAUCCUGGUGGUGGAGAACCACAAACAGCUGCAGAAGAUCCUGCAGGUGCAAGACAAGUUGCCUAACUUGAAAGCCAUUAUCCAGUACAAAGAGGCACUGAAGGAAAAGAGGCCUAAUCUGUUCACGUGGGCGGAGUUCAUGGAGAUGGGCAACGAGGUUCCUGACUCCCAGCUGGAUGACAUCAUCGCCAGCCAGAAGCCCAACCAGUGCUGCACCCUGAUCUACACGUCUGGCACCACGGGCCAACCCAAGGGCGUGAUGCUCAGCCACGACAACUUGACCUGGACCGCGUUCGGCACGGUGCGUAACGUGCGUCUGACCGACGCGACCGAGAGCCAAGAGGUGGUGGUGAGCUACCUACCCCUCAGCCACAUCGCCGCGCAGAUGAUCGACAUCUGGAUCACCAUGAAGGUCGGGGGAGUCACCUACUUCGCACAGCCGGACGCCCUGAAGGGCUCGCUGGCGAACACGCUGAGGGAGGUGCGCCCCACGGCGUUCAUGGGCGUGCCGCGGGUAUGGGAGAAGAUGCAGGAGAAGAUGAAGUCGGUCGGGGCCAAGUCCUCCACCGUGCGCAGGAAGGUGGCCGCCUGGGCCAAGGACGUGGGACUCAGCACCAACCUAAACCGCAUGCAGAGAAACGGGGCGACCGAGGCCAGGGCACCGCUGAACUACAGGCUGGCGAAGAAGCUGGUGUUCCGGAAGGUCCGGAAGGCCCUGGGCCUGGACCGCUGCACCAAGUGCUACACGGGCGCCGCCCCCAUCACCAAGGAUACGCUGGAGUUCUUCCUCAGCCUGGACAUCCCCGUGUACGAGCUGUACGGCAUGUCUGAGAGCACCGGCCCCCACACCAUCUCUCUGCCCGAAUCCUUCCGCCUCACCAGCUGUGGGAAGGUGAUCCCCGGGUGCGAGACGAAGAUCUUCCGGCCGGACGAGGAGGGGAACGGGGAGAUCUGCUUCUGGGGCCGCCACGUCUUCAUGGGCUACCUCAACAUGCCCGACAAGACCGAGGAGGCGCUGGACUCGGACGGCUGGCUGCACUCCGGGGACCUGGGCAAGCACGACGAGCAGGACUUCCUGUUCAUCACCGGCCGCAUCAAAGAGCUGAUCAUCACUGCCGGAGGAGAGAACAUUCCGCCGGUGCCCAUCGAGGAUGCGGUGAAGGAGGCGGUGCCGCUGAUCAGUAACGCCAUGCUGAUCGGGGACAAGAGGAAGUUCCUCUCCAUGCUGCUCACCAUCAAGUGCGAGGUGAACCCGGACUCGGGCGCCCCGGAGGACGAGCUGACGGACGAGGCUCUGAGCGUGUGCCAGCGGCUGGGCAGCAGCUCCACACGCGUGUCGGAGAUCGCGGGCGGGCGCGACCGCGCCGUGCACGCCGCCAUCCAGGAGGGCAUCAAGCGCGUCAACGAGGCGUCCACCUCCAACGCCCAGCGCAUCCAGAAGUGGACCGUGCUGGAGAGGGACUUCUCCAUCCCGGGAGGGGAGCUUGGCCCUACCAUGAAGCUAAAGAGGCCGGUGGUCAUGAAGAUGUACAAAGAGCAGAUUGAGAAUUUCUACAAAGAAGUUGCGACCCCCAGCACCCCUGACAACCCCCUGCCCCCUAAAUAAGAGUGUGACAAUAGUGUCUCCACUCCCUUUCACAGGACAGGGACAAAGGGCGCACACACACACACACGCACAAGCGCACACACACACACACACACACACACACACACACACACACUCACACUCAGACUCACACGUUCACACCACUCACACAGGCAAACCACUUUGUUCAAACAACUUGCCACAAUCUUUGUGUGGUUCCCGUUUAAAAUUGAACCAUUUUCCUGGAAUCUUUCUGCUUGUAUAAACUGAUUUAUUUUUAUUUUUGUUUACAUUUGUGGAUGUCAUAAAAAACAAUGAGUUGGCGCAUCCAUGGAAACGGCAAAGAUCUGUUUUUAAAGAUGCUGCUAUAAGCAAAUUAUUAUUAUUAUAAUAACUAUUAUUGAGAUGAAGUUCAAUAAGAUGUAAAAGGGCUUUGUAGUUUGUAAUCCCGUGUUAUUUCAUGCAAGCGUGCUUUAAAACCCGAAAAGACAGCUAAAAGGUUCAUCUUAAAUACAGUAAUGGUCUAGGACCUAGAAGAAGAAUUGUUUUGUUUUAUGAUUUUUGUGACAUUUAUUUAUUUUUAAUUUGCCAAAGUUUUGAGUGUCCCCAAAGGCUGCUGUGCACUCGGAAAUCAUGGUUUUCUUUUGAAAGCUCAUCGAUUUUUAUUUUAUUUUAUCAUUAAUAUUAUUUUAUUUUUUUAAACCAGCAAAUGGUGAAUGGGUGCAAAAAUAGUGCGGCUUUGACAAUGAUUUUGUCAAAGUCUCAUACAGAAGACCAGGUCAAGACGAGUGAUUCUACAGGGAAAAAUGUAAAACAUAUCAUUGUGUUAUUUAUUGUUGUUGGACAUUCGCUUUGUUUUGUGUUUGGUCUGGUUUCAGUGGUGUGAAAUCUGGAAGAAAGAAAAAAAAACCUAGGCCUUGUUGUAGCCCUUGACUAAUCUAAACGUCGCUGUGUGCAAUAUCGAGCUGUCCUUUCGCACUCUGAAAGCCCUCAGGCGCUGAAGGAAAAUGAAGGUCCCGUUUUAUCUUAGGGCUAAAAGGCCUGUUUGGCACUUGCACUCUGGGAAGGAACAUGCGCAGAUCUCUUUCUCGUACAUUCCCACUGAAACCACGCCGCUGAUAUUCAAGCCAUAAUACGUCAGAUUCAUCGUGCGUUCGUGAACAAGGAAUUUUCUGUGUAUUUAAUUUCUUUUUCUUUUUUUGUGUGUGUGUUCUAUUUGAUUAUCCGAUUUGCCUGUCACUUGAAUGUUUUUUUUUUUUGUUUUUUUUUUUGGAAUGGUUCAUUUUGGGUGUAAAAUUGCUGGGGAAACGUUUUUUUGUGUGUGUAAUGUUGUAUAUAUAUUUUAUCCGUGGUCUUAUUUGACAUUAUUUUGUAGCAUAAGGUGUUUGUGAAUUGUAAGGUUCAUGAGUGUCUCGUGUGUCUCGUGAGACGCAUAGACCCACCGCUAACGCCGCCUCGCCUCGAAAUGGCAGUUUCCGCAUGAAGUGACCAGCGCUUAUCCGAUACAAGAUACAGCUCAAUAGCCCUACUCAAUACUCGGCUCAAUUGUCCCGUUUUGCCCUAAUGUUCUUAUCGGUGAAUGAAUUUGAUCAUAUGCGAAAUGUAAUUCGUGGAAUUUAUCAUCAGUUUGUGUGUAUAUUAAAGUGUGACUGAUGUUGUGCGUGCUGUAAAUGUAUUCAAAAGCUGGCGAGUGCACCUGGGAACGGAAAACAUUGAUCUAACUUGCACUGAUUUUCCUCUCAAACGGGGAGGUUAGCCGAAUGUCUCUGUCCGCGUUUAUAUUUUACCCACGUUUGCCGCGUUCUUGCUGGUAUUCUGCGCGAGGAUAUUGAUCUAGUUCCCUAUAUUUCCCCCAGUUUUCAUCGUUCGAUGCGUAGCUCUGGUUUAUAAACGGGGGAGCUUCAGGGUUUCAACCUUCCAAUAUUUCUGACAGGAUUUAUGAACUUAGUUCCAUAGUCUCGUUAGACGUUUUUCCAACUUAGUUUCAGGGCUUAAUUCAUCCAGAGGGACAGUAUAAUUUUGAUCAUAGGUAAUAGGCUAUGUCGAAAUACUUGAAUUAAAAAUUAUAAUAAAAACACCUUGUCGUGGAUAUGUACGCUGUCCAAAGAAUUCAUUGACAUGUCUCUGUUCGUCGACUUAACUCUUUCGUCCAUACGAACCUGAAUAAAUCUUUCAUAGAAAUGACCAAAUACUAUAGUUACGGGAGAGGAAGGCUUUCGUACAACCGAAAAUGAGCGGCAUUAUUAGGUGUUAUUAUUCGGAUCGUGAAAACGAACUUUCCCAGUGUUUGGGCAGGAAAUAUCUGUAGGCGGAGAAACUAGAAUAUUUUCUUCCAGAGUGGAACCUGCGACCAGAUGCACUCGCAACUGAUCCGCAGCGUUCCAAACUAGCCUUGGGAUGUACGUGUGGACAAACUGCUUUUUUUAUAGAUGUUUUUUUUUUCCCCCACUUCAAUUUUUCUGGAGAAAUGAUGGUGAAACCAUGUUACGUUCUUUCCCCCCUUCGUUAAUGAAGUUUUGUUCUCGUUUACAUAUUGAGUACUACAUAAAUGUUAGUUUCAUAAACAGUUCAGUGGUUCUCAAACCUCUCCUCAACUAAUAGUUGCAUCAGGUGUGGUUGAGGUGGAACACAUAAAGGCGGAGGUUUGGGAACCACUGGCCAAGAUGAAGGGUAGGCACCACCGAACGCGAGAGCGGUACUGGUUUUACCGGACUCUAAACCUUUGAAUUUGAAGGCACAUUUUUGUUUUGUGGGAGUGGACAUUUCAAGAAUCGCCCCCAUUGUCAAUAUGCAGAGCUGUUUUAAAAGGGUGAAUUGAAGGGAUAAUUGUGUCUGUAUCUAUGCCGUGUGUGCUGAAAUGAGAAAUAAAUGUAUAUUACCCUA